AUGGCGAACGAGAAACGCACCGUUUACGUAGGAGGUCUUUCCGAAGAAGUGACCGACAAGCUCAUCACCGAUGCGUUCAUCCCGUUCGGUGAUCUGGUAGACAUACAAAUGCCGAUUGAUUACGAGUCACAGAAGCACCGCGGAUUUGCUUUCAUCGAGUUUGAAAAUGCAGAAGAUGCAGCCGCCGCCGUCGAUAAUAUGAACGAUUCCGAGCUGUGCGGUCGGACGAUCCGCGUUAACACGGCCAAACCGCAGCGCAUCAAGGAGGGCAGUAAUCGGGCGGUGUGGGCAGACGACAACUGGCUGCAGCAGCACGCCGGCGCCACGCUUGGGAGCAAGGACGGAGCACCAAAAGAUACGGACAGCGCCAGUGAAGUGCAACCCGCGGAGCCGACUGUAGCGGACGAGAAAAAACGUAACCCACAGGUGUACUUCGACAUUCGGAUAGGGAACAGCGACGUGGGACGAAUCAUCAUGUGCUUGCGGUCCGAUGUGGUUCCGAAAACGGCGGAGAACUUUCGUGCGCUCUGCACCGGCGAACAAGGUUUCGGCUUUAAGGGGUCCAUAUUUCACCGUAUCAUACCGGAGUUUAUGUGCCAAGGGGGAGACUUUACGGCUCACAACGGAACGGGUGGAAAAUCAAUCUACGGCAAAAAGUUUGCCGAUGAAAACUUCACCCUCAAACACACCGCCUUCGGAGUGCUGUCGAUGGCAAACUCGGGCCCAAACACGAACGGUUCACAGUUUUUCAUCUGCACCGAAAAAACUGACUGGCUGGACGGGAAACACGUAGUGUUUGGCAACGUGAUAAGCGGAGCGGACGUGGUCCGGAAGAUGGAACGAUGCGGCUCGAAAGGCGGCCGAGUGCAGCAGAAAGUAACGAUCGUAGCAUGCGGUGAGAUUAAAGGAUGA